UUCUAAGCCUUCGCCUGUGCUCGAGCUGGAUUGGAGCUGCCCUAACGUCUUUGUCUUGCUCGUCGUCGGCGACCAUGAGGCAUCCCUAUACGUCUGGCAAUUACACGCCCGUCAAGCGGGAGCUGCCGCUGACUGAGGGCGUCGUAGUGCAAGGAAGCGUUCCGACAUGCUUCCACGGCGGCCAGUACGUUCGUAAUGGCGGCAAUCCUCUGGCAGACGGCGACGAGAAACGGGAUGCGCAUUGGUUUGACGGUGACGGCAUGCUGACCGGUGUCUUGUUCUCCGAACCGACUCCUGGAGAAAAGGAAGCAAGAUCAAGAGACGCACGGCCAAUGUUCAUCAACAAGUACAUUCUCACAGACGUCCUCUUGUCGACCAGCACCAAGUACCGUCAACCAAUUUUGCCAUCGAUCACCUCGUUCGCGCUUCCUUUCCAAUGGUCAGCUCUACCUUAUCUUUUGGCCAUGCUUCUCCGCUCGAUCGUCCUCGUCUUCCUCAGUUGGCUACCCUUCCAGCGUCGACCUCGUGUGGGACGCAUCAGUGUGGCCAACACUUCUGUCUACUGGCAUGAUGGAAGGGCUUUCGCUGGAUGCGAGAGCGGACCACCUAUCCAAAUAUUGCUUCCCGGUCUCGAGACGGCCGACUGGUGGCAUGGCGGCUGGGCAAAAGGACAGGGCCCGUUCAAGAUGCUCAACGAGUUCACCACGGCCCACCCUCGAGUGGACCCGGUGACAAAUGAGCUGUUGCUCUACCACAUGUCCUUUGCUGCACCCUUUUUGCGAGUGAGCGUCAUCCCGCCUCGUUCUUCUCGAAAACCUGCUCUGCUGGGCGCGCCUGUACGUGGCGUGGCCCGACCGAAGCUGGCCCACGACUUUGGCGCGACAGCAACAAAGACUAUUCUCAUCGACCUCCCACUCGUCCUCGAUCCUCGUAAUCUGGUCGCAGGACAGUCAAUGCUCAGCUACCAUCGUGACAUGCCGACAAGGUUCGGCGUCAUGCCUCGAUGGGCUCCCCAGGAGAUCCAAUGGUACGAGAGCGAGUCCUGCUCCAUCUUCCACGCCGCCAAUGCAUGGGACGAUGACGAAGACGCAGCUUGCCUCUUGGCAUGCCGACUCAACAGCGCCACGCUGGUCUAUAGCGCAGGUAACAUUGCUACGCCAGACAACUGCAAGCCGCCCUUAGGUCAAGAGGAGCGUUGCCAUCUGUACUUUUGGCGUUUUGCACCUCGGAGUAACACCAUUUCGCACGAGUUUGCGCUCUGCAACAUCCCCUUGGAAUUCCCAACAAUCAACGAGCGUUUCUCGCAGCGAAAGAACCGAUUCGUAUACGGAGCCAGUAUGACCUGUGGCUCCUUUGACGCCGGCCUCGGGAGCCGCAAUGCCAAGAUCGACUGCCUGGCAAAGGUAGACGUUGAGGCCCUCGUGUGCAGAGGCAGGUCUCGCCAGGACGCUGGUUUGCUCUCCAAGGGCGAAUGCGUGGACGACCGAACGGUUUCUGAGAUUCUUCAAUCGGGCGAGAAAGAGGACGCCAUCAAGAUCUUCGCCCUGCCCCCACUCUGCUAUGGUCAAGAGGCUACCUUCGUCCCUCGAGUGGAAGGCGGGGACGAAGACGAUGGCUAUCUCGUAUUUUUCGUCUUUGACGAGUCCAAGGGCCUCAACGCAGACGGCGAUUGCACACCCGACGCCAAAAGCGAGCUGUACAUCAUCGAUGCAAAAGACAUGAAGACGGUCGUCUGUCGCAUCGAGCUGCCUCAGAGGGUUCCAUACGGCCUCCACGGCCAUUUCUUCUCAAGGGAAGACAUAGCCUCGCAGAUCCCGAUCGACGCGAGCAAAGUCCGCUCUUGGGCCCUAGCUCGCAAGGGCCUCGGACCUGGACCGGGCUUGGGAAAUGGGGGCAAACCCGCACUGGCCAAAGCUCCGUCAAACUUCCUUGUCGGUGCCCUCGAAGCCUGGUCAGAUGCAUUGAGAGGGACGAUCGAGGGCAUACUGGCCUGACUUCACUUGUUCUUUUUCAUAUCAAGGUCUUCAUCAACCUCAGUCUUUGCAAGUCUUUUUGUAACAUAGUCAUACCCCCUCUAUCAAGCAUUGCUCUGAAUAUCCACGG